AUGGCAAACUGGAGACGACGUAAUGUAACGUCCAAGUAUAUGACCCAAGGGGCUAUUAAAAAUGGAGUUCCUAUGGCUACUCCAGCGGCCCAAGCUGCUCGUACAACUUCGAUGGCUCCAAGUGCUACGAAUGCUGCAACAGCCCCACCAGUUUCUCCUGCCCUAGCGACACCAAUGACCCUAACAACUCCAGAUGCUGAAGGGGUUUAUAAAGCCCUUCAAACCUUAAUAGGGGCAAUCACUGGACAACAGUUCCAGCCAGCUAGUGCUACUAUCGAUGGGACUAUGAAGCUGGAUAAAGGCACAAAUUUUGACAAAUUUCUAAAGGCUUAUCCCCCUACUUUCAUGGGCACUACGGAACCAGCUAAGGCGGAGGCAUGGUUGUAG